UACAUGGCAUUGCCUUAUUUCCUGUCUACACGUGUGCUAUCCAACGCUGUACAGCAUAAUUGUAAUGCAAGGAGUUGGGUUUCGGAGAUUCCCCGCAGCUAUAUAUCUCUGUCGGACACUCCGCACCGCGGAUAGCAUCAGAUUGCUACGUUCCUGAUCGCAAUGGCCGUUGUUCUUAUCUAGGAAUCCUCAUUUCCACCUUACCUCGGCUAAUCAUCUCUCCAUCGACUGUUUGAAUCCAUUAUUAGCUAUCUACUCCUUCUGCACGCUCCGAAUCAAUCCUAGGAUUGUCUCUAUUCAUAUUGAUGAGUCAACACAGUGUAGACAUGGAACAAUCUCGACGUCCUCACCUCAAGUCCCUCGCUCACCGUGGAUUCAUCCGGGGCGUUACAAUCUCUUGCAAGGCCACUGAUACGCCUCUAUGCCACUUUUACGGGGGAGUGCGAUAUGGGCUAGCUCCAUCAGAACGAUGGAGGAGAGCCAGCCCACUACCUACCACGUAUACUUAUGGCACUAAAGAAGAGCCCGGUAUAUGUGACAAAGGAGCAGGUGUCUGUCCCCAGCCGGGGUAUAGAGGCCGGCCGGACACUAGAAGGUGGACUGAGGAUUGCUUCCAAUGCAACAUUUCGGUACCUGUUGGGGAACCCCCAAGUGGCGGUAUGUUGGAAUAACGAGCCUGAUGGCCGGUUUUCGUCUUCUUCCGUAUGAACCCCUUUGAUACUGGUUCAUAUGGAUGCCAUUUCUGAAUGGAUAUCCAUAAUUCUAUCUGGUUGCAGAGGUCAUACCGUGCUGACUGGCUAUCAUGGUCUUAGACGGUGGCUGGCUCCAAUUUGGGACCCCGAAUGCUUUUUCCGUGGCCUCUAUGCUGGGAGAGACGGCAUUCAGAUGCGUUGUUGUUAUGCCCGCGUACCGACUAAACGUCUUCGGAUUUCUUUACUCUUCUGAACUCAAGCAGGACGCAGUGUCAGCUGAUGAAACUGUCGGCAAUUAUGGUUUCUGGGAUCAACGACUUGCUCUCGAGUGGACAAAGGACAAUAUCCAUCUAUUUGGAGGGAAUCCGUCGAACAUAACCAUAUCUGGAUACUCUGCUGGUGCUUAUUCGGUCUUCUAUCAAUUGGCCUACGACCUUUGUCUUCCAGAGGACAAGGAGAUCGUUAAACAGGCCUGUAUAUGGUCCAAUGGGCCAGGAGUUCAGCCCAAGGCUCCUUCAGAGACUCAAACUCAAUUCAAUCAACUGCUCUCGGCCGUCAACAUCUCUCAUUCCCUCUCACCGGCAGAGAAAUUGACCCGUCUACGCGCCAUUCCAGCAAAGACACUUCUUCGAGCAGCAACAAGCAUAGGCAUCCAUCAGUUCAGACCGACUACUGAUUCAGCCUUUAUUCCCCUCACUUUAUUCGCGUCCCUUGACAACGGAGAUUUUGCACAAAAGCUCUCCGCACGCAACGUCCGGAUAAUCCUGGGCGAAUGCCGCGAUGAACAUUAUCUCUACAGUAUCUGGUUUCCGCCAGCGCAAAAUUCUCUCUCCGCACUUCGUCAGCGCCUCAUAGCUGACUACCCGCGCCGUGUAGUAGACACUCUGAUCAAGCUUUACUAUCCAGACUCGGAAUUACCUCCAGAUUGUAAACGGUGGGAUUCGGAUGCCUUCGGACGCAUCUAUGCCGACAUGCAGGUCCAUAAGCUCCAGAGAGGCCUCGUCUACUCACUGGCAGCACAUGGGGCUUCGCAUCUCCUCUACCGUUAUCGCAUCGAGUACCGGGUUAAAUGCGUCGACAAAUAUGUUCCGCCGGAAUGGGGCGUCACGCAUUCUACAGACCAGUAUAUAUGGUUCUGGGGCAAUGGGGAUGUGCUGCAGCCGGAGGAAAAAGAUGUGGUACAGAGCACAUUCAUUGAUCCCCUUGUCAAGUUCGUGAAUGGCGAAGUGAAUAUCGGUUGGGGGACCACGAAUUAUCGGGAGAUGAGAAGGCUCAAGCCGGACGGGACGUUCGAGAUCUGGGAUGAUGGGAUGUGGGAGGACGGACUUCGCGUCUGGAGAGCACUGCGGGAAGUAAAUGCGUCUGUUGGAUUCGACACGGAGCAUGCAAAGCUGUAGAUCUGGUAGAAUAGUCGAACAUAGAUAUCUGUACAGUUGCAAACCUUGAAGAGAUGUG